CAGUGUACACAGAGCAUAUCAAAUACAUGACGUCGACACACGUUUUACAUGUGAAUUACAAUACAAUUAUACAAUAUUGAAUCACAUAUAGUUUUGAAUUUGUCCAUCCUUCAAUAAACUCAGGUUCAGAUGGAUUACAUACAGUGGUAUUUUAGCUUGCUCUAUUGAAUUAAUCACAUUUAUGUUCAGUUUGCGAUCUGUAAAGUGACACCAAACAGAAUAGUGAGGUAAUAAAGUUAAGGCAUCGGCAUAAAGAUGUCCUUUUUGUUUAGCCCUAUGCAUUCAUCCAUCUUUCAUCAGGAAGUUCCAGAAGUUUAAGACCAAAUUAUCUUUUUGUGAAAUGAGAAAUUGUAAUUUAGUUAAUAUUUAUGUUUUCAUACGUAGUUUGUAAACUCACGCCAGCAUUUCCACAGACAGAGGAACAUCCAAAGAAAAACACAUCUCCACAGCCAGAUGAAUCUCCAAAAACAGAUGAACUGCCACAAAUAGAAGUCUCUCCAAAGAAUCUCCAAAGACAUUUUUUACCAGAUUCACCUGAAAACACAGAAGAGUGCGUAACAGGAAAGAGUCUCUGUGAGCAGUUGACUGAUGGGUUUAAAUCAAAUGAUUCCAUAAAGAACACGGGAGCAGCAGGAGUCAUUUCAGAUCAAGACCUACAGCAGGAAAAGACUGAAACUGAAGAAAUAGAGCAUCUGUUUCACAGACUUGAUCUUCACAGGAGCAACAAACUGAGAGCUGCAGAUGUUCUUCAGAUAACUAAACAUUCAUUACAGACCCAUGAGUUUUGUGCUGAGAAGGAGCUGAUUCAGACUUUCGUGCAAAAACUACUGAUGAUGAACUACAGAGCAAGAUACAUUAAUAUUAAUAAGGCCAGUGACCAUGAUAAAAUGCAACAAAGAGACACAGACUUAUCUGAAGACAUCAGUGAUAUAUUUGAAGCAGUUUUAUUGUCUGACAAAGGAACAAGUCAGUCUGAGCAAAUCCACCCGAUGGAUGUUCAGAUGGCCGUGUUUCAUUGUGCUGAUGGUUUCCUGAAGCAGCUGUUGGUUACUAAACUGUCCCAGUGUCAGUACGCUCUGCCUCUGCUUGUUCCUGAUCCAUUCACACAACAGAUUGAGUUUCCUCUCUGGACAUUCAGACAAAUCAACAAGAGCUGGAAGAUUAGAAACACCAACAAUGAAACCAUCAGUAAAACCCACUCAGUCUACAAGGCACAAACUCCAAUGGUGUCUUUCUUCAGGUUUGGCUCUGUGUCUUCAUCCAAGUCUCAGCUGAUGAACAGUCUGAUCAAUGAGAAACACAACACGUUCUUCCACAGGAACUGCCCAGGCAGCAGCAGAACCAGAGUCCUGAUGGACGGAGUGGUGGAGAUCGCCUGGUUCUGCCCUUCUGGGAAACACACAGAUAAAUUCAAUGACUGUGUUGCAUUCUGUAAUCUACAUGGUGAUGCAGGAGACCAUGAGAAACAGCUGCAGAUCCUCACCGAAAUUAGCUCAGUCAAUGUUGUUCUUCUGCCACAACUGGACAGGAAUGACAGAAGUGCAGAAAAGAUCCAGAAACUCUUCAGAAUCAAAAUGCCACUUAUUUGUCUAUUUACGGAGGAGGAAUCUACUUUAAUGAAGAUGAAGAAAGGGAAAUUCAAGAUUGGUCUGAAAAACAGAAAUCAGUCAGAUGUAUCUGAAGAACUCAGAAGAGUUAUAAAUGAUUGUCUCUCUGAAUCAUCUUCCACUUUCAGACUUGAAGAUGUGUCCAAACACUCAGACAUCAGAGUAGAUGAGGAAGUUGAUGAAGACUGCAGGAGAGGAAGAGAAGCAGCACAGCAGAUGGCGAGUUUACUGGAGAACAAAGAUCUGGCAGUAAUCAAAGAAUCAUUUCUGCCCCGUCAUGGAAAACUGUGGCAUCAGUGGAGUCAGAAGAACAAAGAACUACAUCGAUCUCAAGGAGAAAAGACAGAAAUGCAGAAAAUCCGUAAAGAACAGCAUGACUGUGAAAUCGGGGAGUUUAUGAGGCGUUUUAAUAAAACAAUUAACUCACAUACUGAACGUGAAACUUUUUUUCUCAAAUGGCUCAGAAUCCUCUUGGAUGAACAUACAUCAGCUGACCUUUCAGCUCUACAUCAGAAAUAUGAUAAAACAUGGUCAGCAGUCUUGAAACUGAAAGAGAAACAUGAACCAGAAAAACUGACAGCUAAACAAGCAGAGCUUGAGAAAAUAUCUGAGGAUCUUCAAGGUGCCGCCUUUGGUCUGGAGCACAUCAUGAGGGAGAUCGGUCAGAUCUAUGAAUCAUGUGAAUCUGUGAAGGAGAACAAGAAAGACCUGCAGUUUCACUUCUCUUCUCUCCCGAGUCUUGCAGCAGAGAUGAUGAUCUCUGGAUUUCCACUGGAGCUGAUGGAUGGAGAUGCUGCUCAUGUUCCUCUGAUCUGGAUCUCUGCUGUUCUAGAUGAACUCAACCAGAAACUGGGAACCCAGAGAGUCUUUGUGCUGUCAGUUUUAGGGCUUCAGAGCUCUGGGAAAUCCACCAUGCUGAAUGCCAUGUUUGGACUCCAGUUUGCCGUCAGUGCUGGCAGGUGCACCAGAGGAGCUUUCAUGCAGCUGAUCAGAGUGUCAGAUGAGGUGAAAACACAGAUGAACUUUGACUAUAUUCUGGUUGUUGAUACUGAGGGUCUUCGUGCUCUUGAACUGACUGGAAGAUCAACAAGACAACAUGACAAUGAAUUGGCCACAUUUGUUGUUGGUCUUGGAAAUCUGACCUUGAUCAACAUAUUUGGAGAAAACCCAUCUGAGAUGCAGGACGUUCUUCAGAUUGUUGUUCAGGCCUUCAUGAGGAUGAAGAAGGUCAGACUGAAUCCCAGCUGUGUGUUUGUGCAUCAGAACGUCUCAGACGUCACAGCUGGAGAGAAAAACAUGGAGGGAAAGAGACGACUGCAGCAAACACUGGAUGAGAUGACAAAACUUGCUGCUGAAGAUGAAGUCUGUGAUGCAGAAUGUUUCAGUGAUGUCAUUAGAUUUGAUGUUCAGAAUGAUGUGAAGUAUUUUGCUCAGCUCUGGGAGGGCAGCCCACCCAUGGCACCACCAAACCCAAACUACUGUGAGAAUAUUCAAGAACUAAAGGAAACUAUUAUUUUUCAUGCAACAAAAUCACAAGGGAUGAUGCUGACACACUUAAAAGAUCGUAUUAAAGAUCUCUGGGAGGCUUUACUGAAUGAACAAUUCGUCUUCAGCUUUAGAAAUUCUCUGGAGAUUUCAGCCUACAGAAAACUGGAGACUGAAUACAGCAAGUGGUCCUGGAGUCUUCGCAGUGCCAUGAUGGAAACUGAGAACAAACUACACAACAAAAUAGAAAGUGAAGUUAUUCAUGAGGUUGAUGAAAUUGAUCUUCAAAGAGAACUGAAGAAGACAAGUGAAGAAGUGAAAAAAUCAAUGUCAGAUUUUUUUGAGAAAGACACUGAUGCAGAUAUACUGAUUCAAUGGAAAACAUCAUUUGAAAUCAAAAUCAAAGAGCUUCAGGAAAACAUUGUGAGAGAAACAAAGAGGAAAUUAAAUGAGAUUCUUCAGCAGCGAGACCUGAAGAAGGAGAUUGAUGCUCAGAGGACAAAUCACGAAAACACUCUCUAUGAAAAGAGCAAAGAACUUGCCUUAAAACUCAAAGAUGAAGCAAAUGAUGAAGAAACACUGAAGAAAGAAUUUGAUGUGUUUUGGGAACAAAGUGUGAAAAAAAUCUUCACAGAUACUUCUGCAAUCAAAAACAUUGACAUAAUGAGAGAUGUGAGAGAGAUCCUCAGUGACGCCCAUGGAAGUGUUUCUGUUGACCACUUGAGAGAAAGCAGAGAUAUUUUCUCUGUGUCCAGUUAUUCAGAUUAUGUACAGUUAAAGAAAUCUAGUGGCUUUAGUAUUAAAAAUGUCUACAAAUCAGCUAAGGAGAAGUUGGGUUUUGUUCUAUCUCAAGAGGAUCAAACCCAAAUAAGAUCAUUUGUCACAGAUGUUGCUCAGCAGACAGACAAAAUGAUUAAGUCAUUUAACAUUUCAAAGAUGGGCUACAAUAAAAGCUGCAUUCAACAACUCACAGGUUACAUCAAGGCAAGAGAAACAGAAUAUCAGGAAGGACCAGUGAAAUAUGUGUUCAAGAAUGAAUUCUUCAUGGAUUUGGUUCUUUCCAUCUGUAAGAGAGCAAACAAGAUGAUCACUGACCAACACAGACUGUUCAGAGAAGCCAAUGAUCCUAAGAUAUAUGUUGAGAAGAAGAGAGAAGAGUACUAUAGUAUUUUCCAGAAAUACUUUCAUGAAGCAACAUCAGCUGCCAUUUUUGGUGAGAUCAUCUGUCAGAAACUGAAAGAGCCCAUUGAGCAGAGUGUCUACAAGAAGACUGCCAGAGAUUUAGCUGAUGAAAUGAGAUCAAACUGUGAAUCACUGAAUGGAAACAGAUCAAAAUUAGAGAAACACAUCUUGAAGACACUUGCAGGAAAGGGGGAUUUUGAAAAAUACAUGAAGUACAUUACAACUCCCAGGGAUCACUUUAAAGGUUUCAUCAGAGAUGAAGUCAGUCAGUACAUCACUGAAAAGUUCAGUGUCAGUGUUUUACCCAAGAUGAAGGAUAACAUUGAACUCCUGCAGAAGAAGAUCAAGGAAGCAGCACAUGGAUCUACUGAACAUGUUCAAGAAAACAGAGGAGAUGUUGGUUUAUGGUUGAAGAGUUUCACACAGAAGCUCUCAGAUGUGCUGAUAUUCUCUGAAAAAGACCUCAGUGGAGUGAAACAUGAUGAUGUUGAUGAUUUCAACCUCCUAGAAGAUGUAAUAAAAAAAGAACUGCCUGUGAUAAUGUCUGACAUCAGGAAUAGAUUCAACUCAAAAUCAUUGGAAAAAAAACUAGACCCGAAGUUCAGACCAGAUGAGCUUCUGAGUGAUCAUUUGUGUCAGUGCUGUUGGGUUCAGUGUCCGUUCUGUAAAGCCAUCUGCACCAACACCAUAGAAAACCAUGAUGGAGAUCACAGUGUUCCUUUCCACAGAGUGGAUGGAAUUAACGGAUGGCAUAAGACAUUAACUCUGGAUCUCUGUGCUAAUAUUUGUACAAAUUUAGUGAUAAGUGAUCAAACAUUUCUUGCAUCAGGUAAAUCUUUUCCAUAUAAAAGCUACAGAACAGCAGGAGGAAUUUAUGCAAACUGGAGCAUCACACCUGACCACUCUGAGCUGCCUUACUGGAAGUGGUUUGUGUGCAGAUUCCAGGACGACCUGGAAAUGAAGUAUGAGAAAACAUUUGAGGGACAGGGUGAGAUUUUAAAUGAAUGGAAAAAGAUCACAAAACAGGAUGCUAUUGAUAGUUUAGAUAAAUAUAUGUAAGAGCAUAUAAUCUAACAGCAGAAUAAAACACCUUAUAUGGCACUUAUUCGCAAAAUAAAUCCAUUCUUUUUUUUCUGUUGCACCAUUAUGCAAGGAAAGCUGCAUUUAUAAUGAAACAAUUUUGAAUUCCUUAAAAUACAUUUACUGGAACACUUUAACAUUCAGCACUAACUUUUUUUUUCUUUUUUCUUUUGUAAUGCUUAAGUAAUGUUAACAUAUUAAGUAAUGGUAAGCUUCAGGUCCUAAAAGGGGAAAAAAAAACUGUCAGCUGAAAAUUAUAUAUAUCUUAAUCUUAAAAAAUCUUAAUUUUGUCUGCUCUGCAAGGACUUGAAAUGAGAUGAAACUAAGUGUCAAAAAAGGCUCCUGAAAAUACAGCUUUUCUAUGACAGGAAUUAAUUUGCCUUUUAAUAUAGGCUGAAAUGGGAAAAAAAGUUAUUUUAAAAUGUAAUAUUUCAUAAUAUAUUCAUUACUGUUUUACUGUAUUCUUAAUCAAAUCA